AUGCCGCGAUGUCGCCCUCUCUUCGUAGGGAAACCUCGCUAAAACCUCCUCGGUAGGUGUCAGGAGGAGCUUAAUUAAAACCGUGGCCAUGGCGAUGAGAGCGGUGGCGAAGGCGGCGGAGCCGCGCGGGCUCAGUGCGCUGUUCUCGACCUUAAGUUCAAGUUUUCCGUUCGUUCCAUCGCCGAGUAAUCAAGCAGAGAGGCCGCCUCCGCCUGUACCUUCCACCGAUCUCUUCGUCUCCGGCCUUAACAAACGGACUACAUCAGAUGGACUUAGGCAAGCCUUUUCAAAGUUUGGUGAAGUGGUCUAUGCUAAAGUGGUGACUGAUCGUGUUUCUGGGUACUCGAAGGGGUUUGGCUUUGUAAAAUAUGCUACCUUAGAAGAGGCUGCAGAAGGUAUAAAGGGUAUGGAUGGCAAGUUCCUGGAUGGUUGGGUUAUAUUUGCAGAGUAUGCAAGACCAAGACCUCUGCCUGGGAGCGGUGCAGGGCCAUCAUCUCCUCCGCCUGCCUACGGGUCUCCAAAUGGCCAUCAGUAUAACUAAAGCUGCUCCUUUCCAAACCCACCGCAUCCCUGUAGUCAGAAAGAGCAUGACAUUCAGGUCUCUCUACUUUGGCAUGCUGAAUUUGGUCGGUUAGUUUUGUAUUUGAAAAGUAAUUAAGGGGUAGACAAAAGAAUAUUUUUGCAUUAUUUGCAUCUGCCAGUCGAGCAUUCCGUGACACUCAAGUUUAUACCAGGCUUAUAUUCUACAUUUUUCUUUGUAAACCCAGAAAUUCAUUUGACAUUCUAUAUUUACAGGAAACGUUAUUUUAAACUUA